AUGUCUCUACCAGAGAGGCCCGGCGGCAGUCCUGGCUACGACCAGCGCAGCACAUAUAGACACUCUCCAUCCCGGCGAUCGCGCCCCGCCGAUGUCGAAGCCGCCGAGACCGCCCCUCUGUCAUCCCCUCGCCCCCAUGGCCACGCCAGGCAAGCUUCCGCCGACCUGCUCCCCUCGCGCAAGAGGAGCCUCGUCAGGCCCGAGAGGAACCGGAUCGGCAAGGACCAUCGCAACUACCACUACCACAAACAUGCCGCCAACAUGGACGUCCUGCCCUCGUCAACCGGCAACGAUCCCAUCCUCGAGAACAUCGACGGCUCCACGGAGCGAUCCGCCAGCGGGGACCAUGAAAAGGACGCUGCUCGUGUGAGAAGCCGCCCGGCUCGGACCAAGUCGGGCAAGAUCACCAAGCAGCCGAACCAGCUCCGGCCUCCGAGUUUCUGGAACGUCUACUGCGCCAUUGUCACCUUUUGGUGCCCCGACUUCAUCCUGAGAUGCUUCGGCAAGACAACCAAGGCCCAGAGGCGAGCAUGGAGGGAAAAAAUGGGGCUCAUCAGCAUCAUCCUCUUCAUCAUGGCCAUUGUCGGCUUCCUCACCUUUGGCUUCACCGCCACCGUCUGCAGCGCCCCGCCACUGCGCCUCCGUGUCAACGAGGUGUCGGCUGGCUUCAUGAUCUUUCACGGCAUCGCCUACGACCUCGCUAGCUCUCAUCAUCCUCCCGCUGAAGGCAUCCCGCUCCGGCAAGACGGCACUGGUGCCAACGUCCUGUUCGACCUCCCGGAGAAGCGUGGUGGGCAGGAUGGAAGCUUCCUCUUCCAGAAUGUCAAUGGCCACUGCAAGGGCCUCAUCACGCUGGCUCAGAAUUCCGACGUGCCCACCGAUGGGAAUGGCGACCUGGCUUGGUACUUCCCCUGUACCACCUUUAACCAGGACGGGUCGACCCAGCCGAACCUCACCACUCCGUUUUACCUGGGCUACAGCUGCCACACGACUGCAAAUGCUCGCAACGCCUUCUAUCGCGACCUGAGCGGCGCUGCCGCAGUGUACUUUACGUGGGACGAUAUCAAGAACAGUUCCCGCAAUCUGCUCGUGUAUUCCGGCAGCGUCCUGGACCUCAACCUCCUCAACUGGUUCAACGAGAGCCAGGUCGCCAUCCCCGACCGCUUCAAGGAGCUGCGUGAUCCCAGCAGCUCAGUCAACAAGGCCCUCCGCGGCCGCGACGUCACUCGCAUGUUUCAGUCCUCGGACGACAAACGGUACGCCCAGUGCUUCGAGGAAAUCAUCAAGGUCGGCUCCGUCGACACCGAGACUGUCGGCUGCAUCGCGUCAAAGGUUGUCCUGUACUGCGCCCUCAUCCUCAUCCUGUCGGUCGUCCUGUCUAGAUUCAUCCUCGCUCUCGUAUUUCAAUGGUUCAUCAGCCGCCACUACGCUGCUUCCAAGACGUCGCAGACUUCGGACCGCAGGAAGCGCAACCAACAGAUUGAGGAUUGGUCCGAGGACAUUUACCGCGCCCCGGCCCGCCUUCCCGGUGACGUCGGCAGCUCGGCGGUCGGGCAGGGCAACGACAGCCGGGCGAGCUUCCUCCGCUCUGAAACGUAUGGCAGCUCCAGCCUGCCCGAGGGCCCCGGUCCGGCCGGCUUCAUCCACGAUGCCGUGGUACCGCAGCCUCCCUCGGACUGGAUGCCCUUUGAUUUCCCGUUGGCGCAUACUAUGUGUCUGGUCACCGCCUACUCGGAAGGAAAAGAGGGAAUUCGAACGACUCUCGACUCGAUUGCCACGACAGACUAUCCCAACAGCCACAAAUGCAUCGUGGUCAUCUGCGACGGCAUCAUCAAGGGCAAGGGCGAGGCCAUCUCGACUCCCGACGUCUGCCUGGGCAUGCUCAAGGACCACUCGACCCCACCCGACCUUGUCCAGCCGUUCUCGUACGUUGCCGUCGCCAGCGGUUCGAAGCGACACAACAUGGCGAAGGUGUACUGCGGAUUCUACGACUACGGCGCCCAGUCGCAGAUCCCGACGGACCGCCAGCAGCGCGUGCCCAUGAUGGUGGUUGUCAAGUGCGGCACCCCCGACGAAGCGGCCAAGUCCAAACCCGGCAACCGAGGCAAGCGAGACAGUCAGAUCAUCCUCAUGUCCUUUCUCCAAAAGGUCAUGUUUGACGAGCGCAUGACGGAGCUCGAGUACGAAAUGUUCAACGGUCUGUGGAAGGUGACGGGGAUAUCACCCGACUACUACGAGAUCGUGCUCAUGGUCGACGCUGACACCAAGGUCUUCCCGGACAGCUUGACGCACAUGGUCUCCGCCAUGGUCAAGGACCCCGAGAUCAUGGGCCUCUGCGGCGAGACCAAGAUUGCCAACAAGCGGGACAGCUGGGUCACUGCUAUUCAGGUGUUUGAGUAUUUUGUGUCGCAUCAUCUGGCCAAGUCGUUUGAGUCCGUCUUUGGCGGCGUCACCUGCCUGCCCGGCUGCUUCUGCAUGUACCGUAUCAAGGCGCCCAAAGGCGGGCAGAACUACUGGGUCCCGAUCCUGGCCAACCCGGACAUCGUGGAGCACUACUCGGAGAACGUGGUGGAGACUCUGCACGAGAAGAACCUCUACCUCUUGGGCGAGGACCGCUUCCUGACGACGCUCAUGCUGCGGACGUUUCCCAAGCGCAAGCAGGUCUUUGUGCCUCAGGCCGUCUGCAAGACGACUGUGCCGGACAAGUUUAUGGUUUUGCUGUCUCAGCGGCGUCGCUGGAUCAACUCGACUAUCCACAACCUCAUGGAACUGGUGCUCGUCCGGGACCUGUGCGGCACCUUUUGCUUCAGCAUGCAGUUUAUCAUUUUCGUCGAACUGGUGGGCACUCUGGUGCUCCCCGCUGCAAUCGCCUUUACCUUUUAUGUUGUCAUCACCUCGAUCGUCCAUUCGCCACCGCAGAUUAUCCCUCUUGUGCUGCUGGCGCUCAUCCUCGGUCUCCCCGGCGUCCUCAUCAUCGUGACGGCCCACUCGUGGUCGUACGUGAUUUGGAUGCUAAUCUACCUGCUCUCUCUACCCAUCUGGAACUUUGUUCUCCCGACGUACGCCUUCUGGAAGUUUGACGACUUCUCGUGGGGCGACACGCGUAAGACGGCGGGAGAGAAGUCCAAGAAGGGCGGACAUGAGAAUCAGGGCGAGUUUGACAGUAGUAAGAUUACCAUGAAGAGGUGGGCCGAAUUUGAGCGCGAGAAACGCUCCAAGAACACUUACUGGGGCUCGAGGGAAAACGUUGUCGGCAGCGGCUGGGCCUCGACGCCCGGGCCGUACCACAACGACGAGUAUCAUUUGGAUGUAUGA